CGGAGAGGAGGACAACGACAAUCUCAAUUUUCAAGUCUAAAGUCUCAAGUCUCUCUCUCUCUCUUUUCUUCUUUAACUUGUGUAUACGAACUCACCAUCGCCUUCCACCUCUCUCCGAUCUGCUGCCUCCGACGUUUGAACUAUUAAGAUGAACGAUUUACUAGCGGAUUCAUUUGCUGGUGAUACCAGAGGCCAUCCGUCCAGGAAUAAUGAUAUUGAAAUGGGACUUCAAGUUUCAACUAGUAAUUCCGACAUGGGAAUGGAGGCAUUCAAUAAGCAGACACAAGAGGUUGAGAAACAGGUGGACAAGCUCUCAGGGUUGCUUAGAAAACUGAAGGAUGCUAAUGAGGAAUCAAAAUCUGUAACAAAAGGAUCUGCUAUGAAAGCCAUCAAGAAGCGUAUGGAGAAAGAUAUAGAUGAAGUUGGAAAGAUUGCACGUAAUGUCAAAGCAAAACUCGAAGCAAUCAACAAAGAAAAUUUAGCUAAUCGGCAGAAACCUGGAUGUGAGAAGGGUACAAGUAUUGACAGAUCCAGGAUGAACGUUAUGAAUGCCUUGACAAAAAAAUUCAAGGAUUUAAUGACAGAGUUUCAGACACUAAGACAAAAGAUACAAGAUGAGUACCGUGAGGUAGUGGAAAGGAGGGUCAUUACAGUUACAGGAACCAGACCAGAUGAAGAGACAAUUGAUCGCCUCAUUGAAACUGGAAACAGUGAGCAAAUAUUCCAAAAGGCAAUUCAAGAACAGGGACGGGGACAGGUGCUAAACACAGUGGAAGAAAUCCAAGAGAGACAUGAUGCUGUGAAGGAGAUUGAGAAAAAACUUCUUGACUUGCAGCAGAUUUAUCUUGAUAUGGCAGUUCUUGUUGAGGCUCAAGGAGAGAUUUUAGACAACAUUGAAAGUCAGGUUGCAACUGCAGUCACUAACGUCCAGACAGGGACAACUGCACUUCAAAAGGCAAAGACACUUCAGAAGAAUAGCAGAAAAUGGAUGUGCAUUGCCAUUAUAAUCCUCCUAAUCAUAGUGGCUGUCAUAGUUGUUGGUGUGUUAAAACCUUGGCAGAAUAAGGGUGCUUGAAGAACUAAUCUGUCUGCGUCGAGCGUGUAUGCGGGCAUGUUAAUACUUAGCGAAUUAGGAUGAACCUUUCUCUUUUUCUUGUCUAUUUUUUUGGAGAUCAUACUUUUUAUCCUGCGUCUCAAGUUAGGUUUGUGAGGUGUGAUGUGAUUUGAAGUAUUAUUUAUCGGUGUCCCCACUAAUAGAAGUUUUCCAUACAAGCAUUAUAGUUUUUCAACACACUUUAAAAUUUCAUAUGAUUCUUUUUCUGCGUAUAAAAUGCAAUGCCGUAU